AAGAAAAUUUUUUUUUUUUUUUAUUCCUUCCUCCGCUCCUCCUGGCCCACACCGUGCGUUCUUCGUAGUCCUCGUGAGGACUCUCGGCUGAAGACUCCCAUUUUGGACGCUUGGUAGUUAUAACGUCCUGCGUCUUGGACAAGGGGGACUCCCCUAUAAGCAGAGGCCUCACAAAUAAAAGUUUACCAAUUAAAAAUCAAAACCCUAGAGAGAGUGAGUGAGUGAGAAAUCAGAAAAAAUGUCGGAGAACAUCCCUUUGGAAAUCGUGGAAAGAAUCCGUGAAAUUAAAUGGGUGAUUCAGUCCAGAUCGGUUUCAAAGCUAUGGAAGUCGAGGAUCGAUAGCAAGGAGUUCGUCGCUGCUCAUCCCGUGAUGAUGAUAAUCAACGUCUACUUGUCAUGAAAGAAGAUUAUGGUGGCACUUUCGCAAUUCCAAAGCGUGAAUACGAGUCCAUAGUGGAUGAUGACAGCUUCCCACAUCGAAAACGACUAGAAGAUUAUGCAACUACUAGCACCUAUGUGGAGGUAUACACGCUAGGUUCGGUAAGAGGGACUUGGAGAAGCCCAUUAAGUAGCAAUUUCCCUCAUAAAUCCAUUGAAAUUGAGGGAUAUUCUCAGGCGGUUGUAAAUGGGGUUAUUUACUGGAAUGCUGUUGUUGAUAGGAUUUUUGUGGGUACCAAGAUUGUUAGCACCAAUCACAGGUAUCUGAUCAUGUCAUUUGAUUUCACAAGUGAAGAAUUCGCCCAACUAAACCUUCCUGGUCAUUUAGCACUCGACCCUGAUGCUCAUUUCUCGCUAUAUAACGUAAGGGAGUCUCUUGCUGUUAUUGAGUUCGGUGGCAAUGACAACGAUGUACUAUGGAUGAUGAUUCGGCAUGGUUGUUUUAAUAAGCUAUACUCCAUUGCAACAGGGGAUAGUGCUAUAUUCGGAUUCCGAAAGAAUGGUGCACUCAUUAUAGAGUAUGAGGACGUCAAUUCACUCGAUCCAGUUGCUAUGUAUGAACCAGAAUCAAAAAACAUCACAGAAUUCGCAACUCUAAAAGGUACCUCUUUUGUGCAUUCCUACAAGGAGACACUCCUUUUGCUUGGUCAUUGAGACUACUCUGGUCAUUGUUUUGCCAACACACAUUGCAUAGUCUGCGUUUGACUAGAGGACUUCUAAAAGAUGCAAGCAAAGUUCUAGAGAAACUCUCAUGCAGAAGCAGAUUUAAGGUUAAGAAAUUUCUAAACACAUUACAUAUAGAUUCAUGUUUUUUUUAUCUGCGAGAUCCAUGUUUAAUAUUAGUUAUGUUGAAUCUUACUUCAUUGUAAACAUUUAAACAAUUACUUUGUUGACAUUUAAACAGUUAUGUUUUGUGUUGGUCUAA